GCAGCCUCAAGCAUGUGUAGUGGUGAGCUCGGCACGGGUCUCGACACUACUCACCCUUACUGCUGCUGCUUCUGCUGCUCCUACUGCCUGUUCUGCUACUGCUGCCUUUUCUACUACUGUUCUACCGCCUGUUCUGCUACUGCUUGUUCUGCUGCUGAUCUUACCAAUGCUAUCGCCGCUGCCGCCACCACCACCACCACGUCUAGUCCGAGAGUGGACUGUAGAGACGAUGACUCCCUGAAACAUCAACAGGAUCUGGAGUUUCACGGAGUGAUGCGCUUCUACUUCCAAGACUCUGGUCAGAAAGUGGCAACCAAGUGCAUCCGUGUGCCCAGCACUGCCAACUCCAGAUACGUCAUUGAAACGCUUGUCGAGAAGUUCAGGCCCGAUAUGCGUAUGCUCUCCAUUCCCGAGUACGCACUCUACGAGAUACACGAAAACGGAGAAGAGCGUCGACUUGCAGAGGAUGAAAAGCCACUUUUGGUUCAGUUGAACUGGAACAAAGAUGAUCGGGAGGGCAGGUUUCUUCUCCGCCGAAUGGACCUAUACAAUUUUGGAAUGUCAUAUGAGGGUGGUUCUUCUACAUUAGUCAACACACUACCCCCUCACCCUACCACACCCAUACCAACCAAAGACCAGCCAUUCCAGCGUAAAUUAUCUAAACGGGAGAAAAAAGAACUUAAAAAACAAGAAAAGCUGCGACGAGCAAAUGAAGCAAAUGAGGCAGACUCCUCGGUGGCAGAAAAAUUAUAUACGGAAUUACCAGAAACAAGUUUCACGCGCAGCAUCAGUAACCCUGAGGCGGUGAUGAGACGAAGAAGAGCUCAGAAACUGGAGAAAAAACUACAGCAGUUCCGAAGUAAAGAUGGUGGACCUGAUACAGGUGGCACUCUGAAGAUUUAUGGUGAAUCUCUCCGUCCUGAUGUGCCUUACAAGACACUACUAUUGUCUAUUCGAGAUAAUGCUCUCAGUGUGGUGGGAGAAAUGUUAGAUAAAUAUGGCCUUUAUAAAGAGGAUCCCAAUAAUUAUUGUCUUGUGCAGAAUGUCAUAGGAAAUGAUGAUGGUUAUGGAGGGCCCACAUCCCCCCAAAAAGAAUAUAUCCUUGAUGAUGAUGAAUGUCCAUUGGCCAUUCUUAUGAAUCAUCCACCUUCCAGAGGGUCCAUUAUGUUCCACGUGCGGCGGCGGCCUGCGGAUCAUGGCCCCCGCAAGCGGAAGAAGAAGCCAGUGAAAGGUGCGGGCGGGGGUGGACCAGGGGGUGAUGCCCAUGACCAUCGACCCAGGGACCCAUACUUCCUCCCAGACCGUCUACCCUUCCUUAUAGAGCUGGGACCUGGUGAGUAUUUAGGGGGUUUUGAUCUGAGAUUGGACUAUGGCAGUGAUGAUCUCCAGAACAUUUAUUUAUCUGGGCAGGAGAAGGCAGCAACUGGGGGACCUGGGGACAAGCAAGAGGCUGGGGGGGACACAGUGUCGCAUGCUGGGUCUCAUUCGGGCUCUCAGGCUGGGUCACGCAACUCUAAGUCAUCUGCACAAGAACGUCCCAACAGGAUUGAUCAGAGCUUUGAGGGCAGGGGCAACUAUGAGCGGUAUCCAGCAGCACGUGAUCCCAUUCUUCCUGCAGUGCUAGAAUUUAGAGAAGAAAGUGAAGAUGCAUUUCUUCAUGCCAUUACAACUGACCUUGACCCUACAGAUGUACAAUUUAAACUUGCACCAACAUACACCCUCUACAUGGCAGCCAGGUUUAGAGCUUCAACCCACUACCGUCCAGACCUGAGCCCAACAGAUCGUGCCCACAGAUUAACAGAAAUGCUCACCAAAGUUGCAGCAAUGGUCCAAAAUGUCAUACAUUCUCGUCAUGGAGAUCCAACAUCCUUAGCUUUCUGGAUGGCAAAUGCAUCAGAAUUACUCCACUUUUUAAAACAGGACCGACAUGUUUGUGGGUACUCUCUUGAUGCCCAGGACAUUCUUGCAGAGGCUGUGCAGGUUGCUUUCAGAAGUUUGGUGGACUGCAUGCAAGCUGAGCUGUCUACAUCAUUACCAAUGUUUCUGGAGGAUAGAGACGAUAUAAAUGAAGAAGAAGGGUCCACAGCUCACGUACUAUCCAUCUUAACCAACACCAUGGCUUUGCUGCGGCGGUGUCGGGUGAAUGCUGCACUAACUAUUCAGCUGUUUUCUCAACUCUUCCAUUUCAUCAAUAUGUGGGUGUUCAACCGCAUAGUGGCAGAGACCCACCCAAAUUUUUGCACCAGAGUGUGGGGUGUAAGAUUAAAACGACGUUUAGCUCGCAUUGAGCUCUGGGCAGAGAAGCAGGGCCUGGAGCUGGCAGCAGAUUGUCACUUGGCUAGAUUAUCACAGGCAGCCAUGUUAUUACACUCACAAAAGUCUGCUCCUGAUGAUAUAGCAACCAUAUCAUCUACAUGUUUCAAGCUUAAUUCACUUCAGCUCCGAGCUCUUUUAGAGAAAUACCAGCCAAUGCAAGAUGAGCCUAAAAUACCUCAAGACCUGAUUGACAAUGUUGUUGCUGUUGCGGAAAGCACAGCUGAUGGAUUGGCUCGAGAAGAUGGCAGAGAGGUUCGGCUAGAAGAGGAGAUUGAUUUGCAGCUUCCUUUCCUUCUUCCAGAGGAUGGAUAUUCUUGUGAUAUAGUGCGUGGAGUUCCUUCAGGACUGGCUGAAUUUUUAAAUCCUCUCCAACAUGCUGGCCUCUGCAGUAUGAAUCCACAGCCAUCAUCCUCGGGUUACUGGACUAUAUAUAUGCAUGAACAGGAUAUGAGGCCACCUCCAGGGCCCCGAAGUCCCAGUGUAAUGAGCAACCGAUCAAUGUCCAUUCCUCGUGGUGAGCCGGAAAUCCACAUAAUUCAGCUACAUAAAUCCAACAAUGGAAUGGGGCUUUCCAUUGUUGCAACUAAGGUAGGUUCAUGUACCAGGUAUAGGAGGAUAUUUAAUACUGCCUUGAAUUGCCAUGAACUGCAAACAAAAGGCACGUCUUUCAACUGUCUAUAAAUGUGUCCACCCAGA